AUGAUAUAAGCUCCUAUAAUAGUUGCAAUGGUUUUAAUGAAAAGCUAUUAUUUAAUUAAAGGUUUAAAUACUUCAAAGCUUAUUCAUGAUAACGUUAUGAAUAGCUUAUUAAAUGCUUCAUAUACAAAGUUUUAUAAUACAAUUCUCAUUGGGAGAUUGAUGAAUAGGUUAAGUAAGGAUAUUUAUAAUAUUGAUUUAUUAUUUCCUAAUGAAAUUUAAAACUUAACAUAUCAAUUAACAUCCUUGUUAUUACCAUUAUUUGCAUGCUUCCUUUAUUUAAACAUUGCAGCAUUACCUUUGUUAAUUCUUUUUUUCAUUAUUCUGAUAUAUUUAACAGUAAUUUACUAUAGAUGUUUGAGAGAAAUUACAAGAAUUGAAGCUGUUUCUAAAAGUCCUGUUUUUUCUUUUUUUUAAUAAAUUGUUAGAGGAGUUACUUAUGUUAGGAGUUGCUUACCAAUAGAAAAAGUUGUAGCUUUAUAAUAAAAAAAUGUUGAUAUUGAUUUAGGAAAUUAAUUAAAUUUGUACGGAUUUUAAUAUUGGUAUCAAUCAUUUGCUGGAUCAAUAACAAAUUUCUUUUAAGCAUUGUUAUUUAUAAUUUGUGUAAAGUUUAUUAUUAAUUAAGUUUCUCUUUCCAGGAAAGACUUAAAAAAUGACUAAUCUAGUCCUGUAAUAGAUGUAAACUGUUUCUAAUUUACUUUUAAAUUCUUCAAUAUCUUAUGGAAAUUUACAAAUGUAUUUUAUCAGUUUUGAAAGAUGUUUACAUUUAGCAAAGUAAUUACCUUUGUAUGUAAAUGUCUAAAGAUAAGUCAGAAGAUGUGACAUUUUUUGGAUUAUAAUUUUGUAAGUUUAACAUCAAUUAUUUUCAAAUAAUUAAUUUAUGGAAAAAUCUAUUAGGUUUUAUUAAAAUAUCAUAUAAAGAUAAACUCAAUAUUUUGAAUUGUUUGUUUCUUAAAAUUAAAAAAAAAUAUGA